GUCCCGGAGUGCAGAGGGGACAUGGGUCAACUUUAUGGUGCGACUCUCUUACCAUUUGGCGCUAUCUGUGUUGUUUUCCUGUGGGAAUCUGGUGCCAGCUCUAUCAGGACGACGCUUGCAGUGGACACCUCGAGGCUGUCAAAGAGCAGACCCCUGGAUGAACCGCUGUAGCGCGUCUAAUCUAAUAUGAUCUUCAAGGAAAUGCAAAAGGCAAAGGGAAACUCCAAAUGGUUGAAAUCGGUCGCGGUGCUGAGAGCCAAAUGUUACUUGUGCUCAGACAGAACAUGACAGAUGCUAUUAAGGUGACCAGAGACAGUCGGUGAGGAGAACGGAGUGCCCAGAUAAUAAGAUAUUGACUGUGGAGUAUCCCUGUGUCAGAGCUGGAGGGAAGAACAGCACUUGUUUCAGAGGGAUUUGUGGUGUUGUGCAGGAGUAAAACCCCGCUGCUCUCACCAUCUAAACAGAGACCUUACCAGCCACAGGUCUCCUCCUCCUCGACUGUGGUUUUCACAGCGAUGAGGGAGGAAAUGCUGUGAUGGAUUCAGGUUUGUGAUGGGCCAGUGCAUACCAGAAAGCGUGGACGUGUGUGCAGCGUCGCCCUGCGAGCAGCAGUGCACCGAUAACUUUGGGCGAGUUGUCUGCACGUGUUACCCUGGCUAUCGCUUUGACCGAGAAAGACACCGCAACCACAAAUCUCCUUACUGUCUGGACAUUGACGAGUGUGAGCACCCAGGCAGCAGCAGCAUGUGUGACCAUGAGUGUGUGAACACAGUGGGCAGCUUCCUGUGUCACUGUCGGAGUGGCUACAUGCUGGCAUCAGACCAGCGCUCCUGCAUCCCUGUACACAACUUGAGUUCAUCAGGAAAGUCUGACACGUUGAUGAGCGCUGGUACCUGCUCGUUCACCUGCCAGGACUUUAUAAACAUGAAAAACAGUCUGCUGCAGCUAAAAUUAAAGCUGGGCAACACACAGUCACCCAACCAGGUACCUGGACUGGCCAACAGCAGUGACAAGCCAUCUCUGGGGAGGGCAGGAAAAAGUCCUGAUAGUGCUUGUCUUCCUGGUUUACCUGGUCCUCCUGGAGCUCCUGGGGUUCCAGGACACCCAGGAGAACCAGGAAAAAGAGGAGACCCUGGGGACAGGGGCCCGCCAGGCCCUCGGGGUCCACGGGGAGACAUGGGACCCAUGGGUCCAGAGCCUGACCUGAAGCACAUUAAAAGAGGUCGCAGGGGGCCAGUGGGACCCCCAGGAGCUCCAGGACGAGAUGGCCUGAAGGGUGACAGAGGAGCUCCUGGCCCCAGAGGUCCACCUGGACCACCUGGCUCCUUUGACUUCCUCCUGCUAAUGAUGGCUGACAUCCGCAAUGACAUAAUUGAAUUGCAGGAGAAGGUGUUUGGGGAGCGGCGAGGCAUCUCUCUGGACAAUCCUCCUCAUUCCAGCGGGGAAAUGGAAUUUAUAGAGUGGGGCUCCGGACAAGGGGAUGUGAUGCACAGUGCCUGACCUCUGACACCACACCCACAGUAACAGUUACUCAAACCUAGCAAAACAAACACCAAACUUGACUAUUUGUUUCUGUUGUUAUAAAGGAUGCUGCUGGUCAAAGUGCCAACAUGUAAAUAGUUUCUAACCUCACAGCUGGGAUGAACUAAGCAAGGAGUCCUGAUUGCACUCUUAACACUGCCACAGACAGUAAAACAGAGACAUAUGGAUUUUUAAAAAAAUCUGAAACUGGACCACAGACUCUUUAACCACUGCAAGCACUGUUUGGCUGCCUUUCAUAUGCAGUGAUAUGAGUGAGGGAUGUGUGUGCAGGACGUAGAUGCAGUAUGUGCCUUUAUGUCUUAGUCUCUGAGCUGUGCGUCUGAGCUGAACCACUUCAAAGAUGAACUUUAUCGUCUACAUCUCUUCCUGUUCCUGAGUCUGUGCCACUGACAGUUUGCCUGCAGGGCGUUCGUACGGAGACCCAGGACCCGCACUGUAGGCCUCCCUCUGCACCUGCCUGCAGUAUCCGGCCCUCAGGACUGGACUCUGCAGCUCUGAGGCGUCUUGAGAAACUAAUUCACUAUUACCAUCCCAAUCCUGUAACAAAAACAGUUCUGCAUUUUUGUAAAUUGUACAACAACUCAAAAUCAAGUAUGAUGGAAAAAAUAUUUACUGCUGCAAUAUGUUCACCUAAAUAUCUAAGAUAUCUGAGAGAGGUGUCAAAUAUGUACAACAUCUAAUCAGGCAUUUUAAAUAAGUAGAAUCUGUUGGUAUCUGCAGCUCAUAAAUUACACACAGUAUUAAAUGUCACUCUAAAAAGCUGUUGAAAAUCAUAAUUUCAAAUUUAAAGGGUAAAAUUGUUUUAUGUACUGGGAAAAGCAGAUAAUCUCUUUUAAUAUAACUCGUCUGGCAAGCUGACUGAAAUUAUUUUUAAUUAGAGAAACAGGAGGAAAGGAACAGUUUCUUGAGGAUGAAGGUUGCACAAUUUCUCAUACGUCAACAUGGGAGUUGUCCAGAAACAAGAGACACGAAGAAAGAAGGCUGGUUUAAUGUAUAAAGACGCAGACAUUGCUCUUUGCUCAAUAAAGGUUUGCCUCGACAUA